CUCCAGAUGAUUACGAAGGCCCUUUGCUUUUCCUACAUGUAAUAUUAACGCUCAAGGACGUGGUUCAGUUCGCCUCAGACCGAGGUGACUCUCCCACACCUAUCCCGCACUCCAGGCAAUGACCAAGUCUUCACAAUGGCUUUCAAUUCGACGCCAGACCUGCAUCUAUAUUCCCUACCGAAUGAGGUAUUCGUGCAAAUUCUGACGCCCUUAACCACCCGCGAGCUCCUCCAUCUGGCGACUGUUUCUCAACGCUUCCAUGCCCUUGUCUUACGUCUCCUACACUACCGACUUCUUCUUACGGCGUCCUUGACAGAGUAUAAACUGAUUCUGGAAUGCUUUCACCCGACGUCUAAACUGACUGAACCCCACGUCUUCUGUAAAUACAUCGGCACGCCUAGCUUAAGUGACAAGUACGAGGGAGAGGGCUCGCUCUACGAGAACAUCGACACGGCGAAGCAACUUGGGAGACUGGGCUCGGUGUACUCGAUAUUUAGACCUGUAGAAUCAGAAGAGGAGGGCUGGGCUGAUGUGGCACCGGGCGAGCACCUGGAUACUGAGGACGCCUUUGACGAUCCACUCACAGUACGGCGACCUGUUACCAUAGAAGGAUUUGAAGACUUCUCCCAACUAUGCGUUGUGGCGAACGUGGUGAAGGUUUUCCCCGGAACGACUGCCCUCUUAAGUGCUGUGAAUGUUGAGGAUGGUGUGGUGAGACUGUUCCGAGAUUGGCUCAAGACCCAAGCAAAUUCUCCACAAGAUUCUCGACAUCGCGGUGACGCCUCGAGAAACCAAGGCUCUGACAUUCUGUGGGUUGACCAAAACAAAAACGUCGGCCUGAAAUUUCGGGUUCGCGAAGAUACCAAACUAAAUUCCAACUUCCCCGUACUUGUCCAUCGUGAUGAAGAAUCGUUUUCCAGCUAUGAGAUAUGCAUCGAUGAACUCCAUAUUCGCACUACGCGGCUUCUCUUGACUGUAGAACAGUCGGUCCGAGAACAACAGAGCUACCCCCCUGUUUCAUUAAUGGCGCUGUCAUCCUUUGAAGAUUCGUUUUCACCCCUACCCCGUGGAGGUACCCUCUCAAGCUAUAACCGUUUGCUUGAACUCUCAAUUACACUUGUAUUUACAAUGUAUCGACUUCUCGGUAUUGCCCUAGUGGCGCUUUUUGCCUUUGUGGCCUUGGGUGUCCCCACAGCUCCUACCCUCGACGAGACUCUAGGCGACCAUCCCAUCAAGCCGGAUUCCCGUUAUCCCUCCAAUCCUACACUUGACGAAGUUCUGGACAGUCAAAAACCAACCAACUGGGAUUUCAAGUUGAGAUUGGAAGUCCAAGCGCUCCCCGACUCGCCGGGCAUUAUUAUCGACGGUGCCAUUGAAGAAGUUUACGACAAAUUGAAGAAACGAACCCCCGAUUUCGAUGAGGACUGGAAGGGUUUUAAAGGCCCCGAAACUGAAAAUGAAGACUCAGAUCCUUUCAAAGAACGAGAACCCGAAGGAACAGUCACCUGUCAGAAUAAUAAACGUUGGAGCGUUGACGCGAAGCUAGUCAAAAAUGGUGUCGAGAGGAUUCGACACUCGAGGGGUAAGCCGCGUCUUCAACAAGACCCAAAGCACUGUGGCAGAUUGGCCUGUCUCUCGAGAGCUGCUAUUUACUGGUGCAACGAUUACGAUGAGCCUCAGAGGAUCUCCAGCCGGAGGCUUCUCGCAGACGGGGCUGAGGAUGUUCUAAACCAGUGCACUAAAGAUGGAGAAGUCGCAGGCGACUUUGAAGUUCCUGGUGGAUGGAGAGUCAGUGUCAAGGCCGAGGACAGUGACUGUUAGACAACAUGGAGUUUGGCUUUGGGCCCACUGGCCCGUUAGAUCUCUGGAUAUCACUGGUCUGUUGCUCAGAUUUAUCAAAGUUUUUGUUACGCCUUCAUAUGGUGCUUAUUUGUUAGGGCUGUUCGAAGUACACCUGGCUCUUUGAUAGCUAACUGGGCUAUUUUACGUUGCUGGAUUCAAUGUCAAAUAGCUAGUAAUGAUCUGAAUGAAGACAAAGCUCAUGAAGGGGUACAAUGGUUUUCAAACAGCAAGAAGCAACCGAAAUAUCAUGUAUCGUUUGCUUAAACUGACCAAGGAUUGUGCGACUGACUUGUG